AUGGCACUUCCAAUUCAAGAUGAUGAAGAUGCUGCACAACUUAAAUUUCCAAAAGAAUUUGAUAAAGCUGAACCAAUGAUGAUAUCUGAAGUAUUACUUAUGCUUGAACAACGUCGACAACAACAUACAAAUUCAAAUAAUAAUAUGUCAAAUCUUGGUAUUGAUGAUGAUGAUGAUGAAAUAACAUUAUCCGAAGCAUUUAAUGAUACAGUUGCUUAUUGUGAAAGAUUUAGUAAAUUUAAAACAAAAGAAGCUAUUGGUGCUGUAAGAAAUUUACUUUUUCCAAAAGAUCAAACAAAUGGUAUGACAACAACAAAUUCUACACCUGGUUUACAUAAAUUUGAAGCUGCAUUACUUGCUAAUCUUUGUCCACAACAAGCUAUUGAAGCGAAAACUUUAAUACCAUCUUUAGAUAGUAAAUUAGAUGAUGAUGAAUGUCAAAAAAUAGUUGAUGAAAUUCAAACUUAUAGGAGUUUUCAAUGUUAA